AUGGCGGACACUUCCUACAAGUCAUCGGUGGUUGAUUAUGCAGGAGUCCAACGUGGCCGCCACCCCGCUGCCAGAGGAGCGGUGGUGGAUGCGGGAGAGGCCAAUUACCAGCUGGAGUACAUCAACAAGGCGAUAGACACCGUGAAGAAUGAGAUGGAGAAAGAGCAAAAGAGACUGACACACUACCAAACGGCACAACCAGAUGGUACAAACGUUGCCAAAUGUGAAAUAACAACAACAUCAAGUAAUAUUGUAAAAAGAGACCAUUAUAGACCAUCCUCACGCCCCCACUCCACCAAACCAUACCCCGCUACAGGAAAAUACGUGGUUGACUACUCCAAACCAACAACCGAUUUGGAAUAUGACCCUCUGUCCAACUUCUCAGCUGACCUGGGGAAUUGCUGCUCAUCAAACAAGGACCAGAAGUUUAAAUGUGACGGAGAAGGCCUGAAGAAAUCAAGAGAUGCUGUAUGUGAUGUCUCAGUGAAGUCUGUGGCAGAGGAGGCCGGCCUUGGACCACCCUCUCCAGAGCUACUUGUUGACUUCAAAGAGGAAGUUAUUAUUUCUCCCUCACCUGACAAAAAAAGAGGUCAAGCUCAGAAACCCGCUGACCCUGAUGCUAUAAACCCUUGGGAUAUUGUAGGGAAACUCGAGAUUGAAUGUGCUCCUAUUUUCCCUGACCUACCUGCAAAUGCUGAGGUCUUCAGGGUCAAAUCCCCAGUCAAAGUGUCCGUUCAAGCCAGAAAAGCUGAUGCUAAAUAUGCCACUGAAAAUGCAGAGGAGCCGUCUUGUGUUUCUGUGAACAAGAAAUAUGGAAAUAAACCAAUCCAUGUGUGUGAAUUUGAUGACUUGUCCAAGUGUUUGGAAGACCUGAGAAGUGAAAGCCAGAAGAUGCCUUGUUCUAAAGCCACCGACCCCGUAGUGAAGCGCAGUAGUGACAAAAUACUCGGGAUUCUUCCAAAGGGCUCUCAGUCACCCCAAGAUCCCUUUACGAAACACCGGGAGGAGGAGGAGUCACCCAUUCACGUUGUCAUUAACCCGCCACCGGUGAAGGCAAGUAACCAAGAGGCGAACAUCAUUGACUCUAGCUCAGAUGAGGCGGAAGCCAUCUAUUCUGAUGUUGACUUAUCAGACAGUGACCCAAUGGAGGAAUGCUAUCGGAUCUUCAUGGAGGCCAAAGCAGAAGAGAAUGGAGCCACAGAGAAGACUACCAUGCCUGUAAGUAUGCUACAGUUCUGUAGUCAUUGUUCUAUAGUGAAACCCCAAACAUUGCCAGGGCAGAAGAGAGUUUCCCAUGUUGCCAAAUAUACAGAGCUGGCAGCUAAGAGGAGACCGCAGCCGAUGGUCCUGGUUCCACUGCAGGGGGCAUCAGCCAUCCAGCCCUCUGUCCCCUCCAAGAUCCAGCAGCUACAGCAGAGAGCCUCCAUCCUGACCACCAUCGGCAAUGGAGGACAGGCCUUUGUGUCCUCCACCUCUGGGAGGAGGCCAGAGACCGAGGCUCCUCCCCUUCUUCCAAAUUCACAAAGUACUGCAAAUAAGCCUGCCCCUUUAAGAAACGCCUGCUUACCAAUGGGCACUACCGUACUUCAGCUGGAACACAACCUGCAUUUGGUUAUCCCAGAGGGCCCCUUCACCAUGGCCGCAACCUCUAUGGCCAGCCCUGUUGUGUCUUUCCUGACACCGAUCACUCCAGUUAAUGCACGUUCAUUUACCCCAGGGAACACCCACCGCCCCGCCACAGUUACCCCUGUACACAGAUUCCACCCAACCUCUCCCACGGCCACGUUUACUCCGAGGUAUACGUCCUCAUUCAACUCUGGCACACUGUCAACCCAUACACGCCGAGCUACACCCUCCUCACUACGAGCUGCUGCCCAAGUCUUUGCUAAGCCGCUGCCCACGAAGCAUAAAGUGAGGCAACGUCAUGAAGGGGUGAAGGAGAAAAUCCCCCAGGACAUCCGUCAGCGCUACGUCAACCAUUUCACGGAGGAGCUGCUCAGAACAUCUGCGAACGUCAAAGAGGCUUUUGCAAAGGCACUUACCGAGGAGAAGGCCGUGUACAACCGCAGUGUCAACAAGCUGAAAUACCUCAUCAUUGCGGUGAAUGUACUGAAGAGGUUGAAGAAGCAAAGCACCGUUGCCACCAAGGGUCAAAGUGUAACCUGUGUGCAGAGGUCCAAAGGCAGGAUCCUGCUCAACACUAUUUUACUUUGGGGGGGGGGGGUUCUUUCCUUUUCUUUGCCAGGUGAUGCUGCAUUGUAUGAGAGUUUGAAGCAGUACAUUUUGACUGAGGAAAAGUUGAUUGAAAACAACUACCCACUUCAGCACCCGGAGAAACUCGGCAGUGCCGUCCGCUUUUUACAUGAUAAAAAGAGCACCACAGACUCCCUCAAGAGGAUCUGCUGCCGGUGCGGGACCACAUUCGCCGUGAGCCACAGCGGCAAACACACUCGCAAGCAGGAGUGCAACUACCACUAUGGUAGAGGAGUUGAGAAAAAAGUCCCAGGUGGGGUAGAGACGCGCUACAGUUGCUGUGAAGCAGUUAUGGGAGCACCUGGAUGUCAAUUUUUCAAACUGCAUGUCCAUGAUGCGAUGGGCAUGGAUGGCUUUGUGUCCACCCUUCCCAGAGAUGAAUUGGAUGGUAACUGUCCGGGAGUCUACGCGCUGGACUGUGAAAUGUGUUACACCACUGAAGGAUUGGAGAUGUCCAGAGUAACGGUGGUCAGCUCCAGUCUGCAGGUCAUCUACGAUACCUUCGUCAGGCAUGAUGAAGAAGUCAUCGACUAUAACACCAGAUUUUCAGGCAUCGGCGAGGAGGAUGUGAAAGGUACCAACACCUCCAUCACAGAGGUCCAGCAAACCCUGCUGAGCUUCAUCAGUGCUGACACUAUUCUGAUAGGACAUGGCCUGGAAAGAGAUCUCUGUGCCCUGAAGCUCCUCCACAGGACGGUGGUGGACACCUCGGUGGUCUUCCCCCACUGCCUGGGCCCACCUCACAAGCUGACCCUCAAUAAACUUACCGCCGAGUACCUCAGGAGGAUCAUCCAGGAGAGCGUGUGUGGCCAUGACACUGCAGAGGAUGCCACAGCUUGCAUGGAGCUCAUGUUGUGGAAGGUCAAGGAUGGCGGAAAAAUAAAAAAGUGAUCUGAAAUUAAAAGACUGAUGCUGCCCUGCGCAUACAUGAAAGGAGAU